CAUUUCUCUAAAAAAGGGGGAACUCCCGCACUCCUUCACCGGAUGAAAUAGAGAAAAGAAGAACAGAAAAAAGCUCUGAACAACAGCAGUGACUGCUUUUGAGUCCUAGUUAACAAGGAGACAUACAAAUCUCCUAGAACCGACAUUCAUUUCAUACAUUCUUAAUUGCUAUGGAGCUUUCCUAUUUAUAGCAUCAGCUGUUGCACUCCAAAGAUUAGCUGCUCGGCGUGUAUUCGGCAGAUGUGGGCAGCACAGUCCCGGUUGAAGGGCGGUGGUGGUUUAAAGCCGAGGACGACGGCGAGGAGGAGGAAGAUGUUGGCGUGAGAACGUCUCUGGAUCGGCGUGGAAAAGAAGCUCGUGAAGCCAGGUGCGUCUCAUCAGCCACCUACUAGCCUACUUCCACAUCGUUACCGGCGCCGUAGAGGUAACCAUGGCGAUGAGCGCAGUGCCAAGUGACAACUUGCCAACCUACAAGCUGGUUGUGGUGGGGGAUGGAGGUGUCGGUAAAAGUGCUUUAACCAUCCAGUUUUUCCAGAAGAUCUUUGUGCCAGACUAUGAUCCCACCAUCGAGGACUCUUACCUUAAACACACAGAGAUCGAUGGACAGUGGGCCAUACUUGAUGUGCUGGACACGGCAGGCCAGGAGGAGUUCAGCGCCAUGAGGGAGCAGUACAUGAGGACGGGGGACGGCUUCCUCAUCGUCUUUUCCGUCACGGACAAGGCCAGCUUUGAGCACGUGGACCGGUUCCAUCAGCUCAUCCUGCGGGUCAAAGACAGAGAGGCCUUCCCCAUGGUGCUGGUGGCUAACAAGGUGGACUUGGUGCAUUUACGAAAGGUCACCGCAGAGCAGGGCCACGAGAUGGCUGCAAAACACAACAUAACCUACAUUGAAACCAGUGCCAAGGAUCCUCCGAUGAACGUGGACAAAGCCUUCCAUGAACUGGUCCGAGUUAUAAGGCAACAGGUUCCAGAGCGAAACCAGAAGAAGAAGAAGAAGAAGAUGAAGUGGAGGGCAGAGCGGUCCACGGGUUCCCACAGGUUCCACUGCUCCAUCUUGUGACCUGUCCUGGCCUGUGAAUCGCCUACGGCAAACACACACACAAACUGACCCACACACCCACACAGGGACACAACUUUGGAUGUCAGGGACCCACUCCACAGCAGUGGUUUUGUACCGGUGCACAAAAGACAACGAGGGGGAGGCGGGCGACGACGACGAUGAUGGAUCCAAAGCGAUGAAGACUGCAGCCUCCCUCCUCACGGAGGUCCAUCUGUGUUCAAGCCAAUCUUCUCAAUCAAUUGUAAUUUUUUAAAAACUUAUUAAGAAGCGAGCGGCACAAAAGGGAGAGGUGCCAAAACGAGAAACUCUCGUUGGGGGGGGGGGGGAGUUGCAUCUUGUCAUUUUCUAGACGAUCGUUUCUGCUACUGUUGAGUUUUUGUGGAACAUUUUUCUGAAGGUUCGAGGACACGUCUGGAUGAGAUGGCACUGACUUUGAUGUCACAUGGAGCGGAAGUGCACCGAUACUCCAGUUUGGGAAUGUGAGGUGGGAACAAGUCAAAGACAUGUAGUUUGUGGCCAUAAAAACGGCAGUUUUCCACGUAGAACGUUAAGGAGAAUCAUGGAAGUAUCUGUAACAGGUUUUAAGAGCCAUGUUUACGCUUUGGGGUCGUUUUCCCUGCAUGGAUGCGGCACCAAAACCACUCUGCACCCUUUUCAGAGUUGGGGAAACUUAGCCGAUCAUGAGCAGUUCUGUACGAGUCCAAGUACGUCCUGCUUUUACAGGCUCCGUCGCUACUUUCCAUAUUUUUGAUACGUUUAUGAAAACGGUUUUUAGGUGUCCGUGUGGACAAAAUCCCUGCUGUUUCACAGAGGACCACGGAGGCGUUGAUGAAGAUGAGGGAUGGUGGUGGCCGCAGAAGCCCGUCUGCUCUGGCUGCAAACCAAAAUCCACGUGAUGUCACUUUACUUCAAUCCAGGGACUUUUCCCACUUUGAAGAAUUCAGUACUGUCCGACAAUUCCCGGGAAUCUGCCAGAGCUGCCGGAGCGUGAGGCUUACCGGCAGCUUCUUUGUUUGAAGUCCUCACUUUGGAAUUCUGUGUUUGUUUGUUUGUUUGCUAGUGGUGAAGUGGAUGGGAAUGUACAAUUUCUUAAAUGGCGAGUACUGUUAUCAGCCUGAGCUUGGGUGGACGACUCUCCAGUCUGGACUCUUGAAGGAAGACAUUUUUGCACUUUUGAAACCCCUUUUUCUGACUUUCCUAUCGGCACGUUUUCUCUCAGAUCUGUGAGCGAGCUGCAGGGCAAAAGGAAAACCGUGUGAAUGCGAACGGACGGAGUGAAGCCGGCUGGUUGGAGCCGAGCGUCCUCGCAGUGUCGGGAAGAAAGGUUUGAUGCUAACUGAGUUGAAGGAGCACAGUGUUAAAUCCAAUCUACUGAUGAAGGAAGCCUUAGAGUUAAAAUACUGAUUUUGAAGAAACAAACUGGAUGGUCGGUGAGGAAAUGAUACUAAAAAAAAAUGUAUAUUGAGAAUGUUGCAUCGUGAGUGUUUGAUACCAUUUUUGUAUUCUUGAUAUUUUGCUUCUCUUUCAAAACUGAAUAAUUUAUUAUUGUAUUACCUCAGUUUGUUCCAGGCCUGGACAAAGAAAAAUAAAUAAAUAUCAAUUUGAAAUAUUUUUUCCCCCUGCAGCUCUAAGGCCUUUUGGCUUUUAAAGGGCCUAUAUAAUGCUGUAUCUAAUUUUCUGAGCCUUUAAAUGUAUCAUAAUGUUAAUUCCUCACAAAAAACAACCCCAAAGCUGUUUUUUUUCCUCUCCAUUCACACAUAUUCCUCUAAAAACCUGCGCUCUGAGCACCAAUCCCCUCCCAAUGCAUGAAAACGAGCGACGUCUCACAUUGUGACGUAGAUGAGUGAGGAACCGCCCCUUCCAGGAAGAGUCUGCGCUAAUGCAACACCCACUUUCUCAGCGGAGCCAGCGGUGAUCGUCAAAAACGCUUUUGGUUCACAUGCAGAAUGUGCCCAUCCAUCUUUGCAAAAGUCCCCGUUGGGUUUUGGCGGGAGAAACGCAGACACGCCGCUGAGGCCCACUCUAGGUUGACGUCAUGAAACUCAGGAAAAUAACUAAUAUUUGAUCAAAUAUGUACUUCGUUGUGCCAAAGGUAAUAUCAUGUGCAUGGAUAUCGUUUACUAUAAAAGGCUUGAGAAUAGCAUGAUAUAGGCCCUUUAUGAACCACAGCUGUUAGCACUGGACCACGAUGAAGGGACAGUUUUGAUCCUCAGCUUUGUAGGAGCUCCAACAUUUCAGGAUAAAAAGAAACCUUCUCUUCAAAAUUGUUCUCUGCAUAUUUCUGUAAAUGAAUCGGGUUGAGCUAGAAGGAAAAAAAACCCCAACAAAGAGAUUUUAGUUUGUUCUGAACCAACAAAUCUGCUCGGUUUGGGCUCGAAGCUGCUGAUGAAAACACUAAAUCCUGAGGAGACCAAGUGUUGAAGGAGAAUCUAGAUCCUGUAAAUGUGAACCUAAAGGGACAAUCUUGUUCAGAGGGGCCCUUGCUUUUUAUUACUGGAGCAUGAGAAAUGCUGACUUUUUAGAAUUCGUGAUCCAAAAGUAAUAUGCAAUUCUUAGUUGACAAUUCAGCAAAUUUAUGCAAGUGGUAGGCCCCGCCCUGACGAGAGUCUGACAGUUAGCAUUUCAAGGUGAAUUUGACUCGGAUAAAUGCUUACACCUGGGGGAGACUAUUCUGACACAAACCCCCCCCCCCCCCAUGGAAAAUUACAAUGCAAUAGAUUUUAAGUUCCCAUCAAUUGAGUGUGAAGCAAACCGUGGAUUGAAAUGUCCUUUGGAAAUAUUGCAUAGUAAAAAGCAAACUGCAUUUUGAAAAUGAAAGGUCAGAUUGCAUAUCAAAUUGUAAAUUGUGAAAUGCAUUUGAAUUUUGGCAUAAACGACCUAUAACUCAAAAUGCAAUUGAUGAUGUUUUUAUUUAUUGUUUAUUUUUAAAAUUGUCAUAUUGAGUUGUGAUUUUUUUAUUCUAUUGAAUUCUGAUUUUCAAAAUGUAUUUUCAUAUUCCAAGUCUGAAUUGCAUAUUACUUUGAUUUAUGCCUGAAACAACUUCCGUAUAAAAGGGAUUUAAGGGGUGUAAAGGGUUUUUGCUAACUUCAUUUCCUGGAAGGAGCAAAAAAAGGAACUUCAGUUCAAAUGUCUGCUUCUUUUUUAUUAUUUUUUAUUUUUAUUCGAGGUUACGUUUGGUUCCCUUUUGGCAGGUUGUGUCGGGUUUUGCUUUGUGAAACUGAGGAGCUAGACGAGGCUUGAAGACUGUGGCCUUUCUAAUCGAAGCUUCUAGCCUCAGGGCUGAAAAUUUUUCAAUAAAAGAAAAAUGAUUGUGUCUGUA